CUCCCCUCCUCCAGGUGCAGCACCCGGAGCACUACGAGCCAAGCAGGCAGAAGAGGUGGAAUGUGUCUCUGAAGCCACGAGAGAGAGUGGAAGAUGCCGAGGGCGCCAUUGCCGGAGUUUUCGAGCUCGGUGAGGCUCAAGUAUGUUAAGCUGGGAUAUCAGCACCUGGUCGACAACUUCGUCACCUUCCUGUCGAUCCCGGUGAUGGUGGCCGUCGGGUUGGAGUUGGUCCGCCGGGGGCCGCAGGAGAUCGUGGGGUUGUGGCGUGCGUUGGAGCUGGACGUGAUCCAUAUCCUCUGCUCCGUCUUCGUGAUCAUCUUCGUCGCGACGGUGUACUUCAUGUCGCGGCCGCGGCCGGUGUACUUGGUGGAGUACGCUUGCUUCAAGCCGCCGAGCAACUGCCGCGUGCCCUUCUCCACGUUCAUGGAGCACACGCGGCUCAUCAACUCGGACGAGAAGAGCGUGCAGUUCCAGAUGCGGAUACUGGAGCGGUCGGGGCUGGGGGAGGAGACCUGCCUGCCGCCGGCCAACCACUACAUACCCCCGCACCCCACCAUGGAAGCUUCCCGCGCGGAGGCGCAGCUGGUGAUCUUCUCCGCCAUCGACGACCUCAUCCGGAAGACGGGGCUGAAGCCCAAGGACAUCGACAUCCUGGUGGUCAACUGCAGCCUCUUCUCGCCGACGCCGUCGCUGUCGGCGAUGAUCAUCAACAAGUACAAGCUCCGCAGCAACAUCCGAAGCUUCAACCUGUCCGGCAUGGGGUGCAGCGCGGGGCUCAUCUCGAUCGACCUGGCCCGGGACCUGCUUCAGGUGCACCCCGGCUCCAACGCCCUCGUCAUCUCCACCGAGAUCAUCACCCCCAACUUCUACGCCGGGAACCAGCGAGCGAUGCUCCUGCCCAACUGCCUCUUCCGCAUGGGCGCCGCGGCGAUCCUGCUGUCCAACCGCCGGCGCGACGCCGGCCGAGCCAAGUACCGGCUCGUCCACGUGGUGCGCACCCACAAGGGGGCCGACGACCGCGCCUAUCGUUGCGUGUACGAGGAGGAGGACGCGGAGGGCCACACGGGCAUAUCCCUCUCCAAGGACCUGAUGGCCAUCGCCGGGGAGGCGCUCAAGUCGAACAUCACCACCAUCGGCCCGCUGGUGCUCCCCAUGUCGGAGCAGCUCCUCUUCUUCCUCACGCUGGUGGCGCGGAAGUUGAUAAACCCCAAGAGGAAGCCCUACAUCCCCGACUUCAAGAAGGCAUUCGAGCACUUGUGCAUCCACGCCGGGGGGCGAGCGGUGAUCGACGAGCUGCAGAAGAACCUGGAGCUGUCGGCGGAGCACGUGGAGGCGUCGCGCAUGACGCUGCACCGCUUCGGCAACACCUCCAGCAGCUCCCUCUGGUACGAGCUCAACUACAUCGAGUCCAAGGGGCGGAUGCGGCGCGGCGACCGGGUGUGGCAGAUCGGCUUCGGCAGCGGGUUCAAGUGCAACAGCGCGGUGUGGAAGUGCAUGCGCACCGUGAAGACCCCGAUCGACGGCCCCUGGUCCGAAUGCAUCCACCGCUACCCCGUCCACAUCCCCGAGGUCGUCAAGCUCUGAGCUCAGUCCCUCUUCAUCCGGUUAAUCGCUGUCGCAAUGCAUCCUACAGAUUCAUCACCAACACCAUAUCACCAUGCAUAUACGUAGAAGCUGUUCAUGGUGCGAUCUGCCUUCCUCGUAGCCCGAAGGAUACCGUAAACAGAACACAUUAUAGCUCGGCUUGAUUCGAUUGGCUUC